UCAAAGUGGACUUUUUGAUUUAAUUAAAAAUGGCACAACAGCUGUUAAUAUAAAAUUUAGCCGACCAAUUCCAGAGGGAGGGGUAAUGCUUAUAGUGAUGGGUGAAGCUGACUCACUAAUAAUGCUAGAUAAAAAUAGAACGAUUACCAGUGAUACAACUAUUUGAUUUAUAUUUCUUUUAUUAUCUUUUCAUUCACUCUUUUUCAAAUUGUAUUUUUUUAAUUACAGAAAUAAAAAUGUUUUCUAAAAAAGCUUCUUUUAUUAUUUUAAUAUUAAGAAUUUUCCUUCCCAUAUGUGGAUUAACUGUUGAAGAAGGGGUUAAUAUCAAAGAAUUACCCGAGUAUUCCGAAUAUUUAAGACAAGUAGCAGACAGACAUAUAAUUUUAACAACAACUCAGGCUUUGCCAAGGAAAUCUGCUAUUGGUCCCUUUGCUAAUUUUCCCUCUAUACAGUUAUGUAAGGAUGCACCCUCAUCAAGUGAAAAUUACUAUACCCAUGUCUAUUGUUGGGUAAUGCUCCUUCUUUAUGCUUUGCUAGUGCUUAGUUUAAUUAUUUAUCAAUUACGCUCAUUUGUUUGGUUAGGGAAUACGAUCCCUUCGAGAAAAAAUAAAAAAGAAAAUAAAGAAAUAGAACUUAAAAUAUUAGAUGAACAGUAUACAGAUUACAAAAAUAAUGGAAUCAAAUCCACAAACGAAUCAAGUGUUCAAAGGGUGUCUAUCGUGUGA